AUGUUACCACGUUCAGCAUUAGCACGCUCAUUGCAACUACAGCGUGGAGUGGCCGCUAGAUUCUACUCUGAGGGGUCCACCGGGACGCCAAGAGGGUCCGGUUCAGAGGACUCCUUUGUCAAGAGAGAAAGAGCCACAGAGGACUACUUUGUCAGACAGCGUGAGAAGGAGCAAUUGCGCAAUUUGAAGGACCAGCUGGAAAAGCAACGAAAGAAGAUCGACUCUUUGGAGAACAAGAUUGACUCGAUGACUAAAUGA